GGAGGAGCAGGAAGUGGCGCGUGACUGACAAGCGGGGCCUCGAGGGAGGGAAGGAACUUCGGUUAGUGCGCCUCUCUGAGGGAGAGCUGUUCAGCGGGGAGGCCUCGCGUCUCCGUCAGCCAUGGACCCGCGGAAGCUGACCGAGCUGCGGGCCUUCGUCAAACUCUGCAAGGAGACCCCGACCCUCCUUCACGCCGAGGAGCUCGGCUUCUUCCGCGAAUGGGUGGAGAGCAUGGGAGGCAGAAUUCCACCUCCUCCGUGCAACACUUCGAGAGAAGGGCACAAUGAGGAAAAAGCUGAAGAAAAGAAACCACCAGAAGAACCACCAAAACCAACAGAGCCAGAGAGUGAAGAGAGCGAUUUAGACAUUGAUAAUGAAGGAGUGAUUGAACCAGACAAUGAUGAACCUCAGGCAAUGGGCGAUGAAAAUGUUGAGGUAACAGAAGAAAUGAUGGACCAGGCUAAUGAAAAGAAGAUGGAAGCUAUUAAUGCGUUAAGUGAAGGUGAAUUGCAAAAAGCCAUUGAUCUGUUUACAGAAGCCAUAAAGCUGAAUCCUCAUCUGGCUAUCCUGUAUGCCAAACGAGCUAGUGUAUUUGUGAAAAUGCAGAAGCCAAAUGCUGCCAUAAGGGAUUGUGAUAGAGCCAUUCAGAUAAACCCUGAUUCAGCACAGCCCUACAAAUGGCGAGGAAAAGCUCACAGGCUCCUGGGUCACUGGGAAGAAGCUGCACACGACUUGGCUCUGGCCUGUAAACUAGAUUAUGAUGAAGAUGCUAGUGCCAUGCUGAAGGAGGUGCAGCCACGGGCUCAGAAGAUUGCAGAACACAGAAGAAAAUAUGAACGAAAACGUGAGGAAAAAGAAAUCAGGGAAAGGAUGGAAAGAGUAAAGAAAGCCCGGGAGGAACAUGAAAGGGCUCAGAGGGAGGAAGAGGCACGUCGACAGGCAGGAGGUCCUCAGUUUGGUGGCUUUCCAGGUGGCUUCCCAGGUGGUUUUCCUGGUGGCAUGCCUGGUGGAAUGCCUGGUGGAAUGCCUGGUGGAAUGCCUGGGAUGGGGGGCAUGCCAGGACUUAAUGAAAUUCUUAGUGAUCCUGAAGUUCUCGCAGCCAUGCAGGAUCCAGAGGUUAUGGCAGCUUUUCAAGAUGUUGCCCAGAACCCAGCAAAUAUGUCAAAGUACCAGAAUAACCCCAAAGUCAUGAAUCUCAUUGGCAAACUAUCAGCCAAGUUUGGAAGUCAACCAUAAAAUCCUCUUUGGUUGCAAGACAUGGGGGAAGUCUUGAUCAUUUACUGUAUGUUGCAAUAACAAACCAUUGUACCUCUGAGUCUCUAAAGAGAACUGGAGUGCACUGGGUAGAAUUCUCCCUCCAUGUUUCAGAAAUAAAUGGCAGCCAGUUCACGAUUGUAUCCAAGUUCUGUUUGAAAAACACUUCCCCACCACCACCUUUGCUCUGUAUUACUCAACAGUAGUGCAGUUCACUUUUAUAUUUCGUUACAUAUAAGCUUCCAGUAGAUUGUACCAAAAAGUGUAGGGUGGGUGGUUUGGGUUUAUUUUUUUUAAAUAGGGGAAGCAAGGGAAGAUAAUUGGGUUUUUUAAAAUAAUGGUGUUGAGUUUCUUCUUCCCAGUAACUGGAAUCUGACAUGAGCAGGCGAAGCUCAGCAUUUUUGUUUUCACUAGAAGAAAUAGUACAUAAUUCAUAUUCACUUUUUACAUUCACAAAGGUGACUUAAAACAGCUAAAAAUCAAUCUCUUAAUAAAUCAGAUCCCUGCAACAGAGGGAAACACCCUUACUGUUGCAUGUUUUGGCUUUAACUAUUAGUACAAGUGCUAUUAAGGCUUGACAACUUAACAAUCAAUGUUUAGCAGAGUAACAGGUUUGUCAGGAUGUCUUGAGCAAAUGCUUCUAUCCACAUUAAUACCUUCAUUGAAUUCAGUGGUUACGAAUCUUGUUGUUGUACUGAUUUCACAUUUGAACAUUCUUGCCUGGCUUAACUUUUUAAUAUUGUGGAAAGAAAAAUAACUGAAUCUUACCAUCAUUUUGCAUUUGUUCUUUAAACAGUUCAUAAUGAAGAUGUACUGUACAGGUCUGUUAAACGUUGAAACUCUGGAUUCUGUGAUUGUGAGAAUCCUAAUAAGGCUACAUAUCUUGAACAGAUCCUUAAGAUUUGAUGGUAUUACCUCCAUUCGUUCAGUUGGAUAUUUUCAUACAUCCCAGUCAUCAAUCUCUAAUACUAGUUUUAUAUUUUCUGUUAAUGUCAUACUAUUAUAUUGAUACGUGUGCAGGUCGAGCUAUGAAGAGGGAGAGGUAAAGUGCUGGAAUAGCAGGUCUUAAAUAUAAUAACGCCUUGCUGAACUGUUCAUUGAUAACUAAUGCAAUUAAACUGGUUUUUUUGGGGGGGGGGGAGUUUUCUGUCUAUACUAAUUUUCUGCUCUUAGGGCUGAGAAGGUAACAGUAAUUAAGUCUUGGUCUCUUCUUGAACUUUUAAAUGUUUCCUGUUCUGUGCUCUUGUAAUUUUGUCUGAAUCCAUAAUCGAUGUAUGUUUUUUGUUUUUAAUUAUACCUGGUCUGGUUUAGGAACACAACAGAGUUUAAAAAAUAAAAUGCCAGAUUUUCCCCCCUCAUGCAUUAAUUACUUUGUCAAAUAAAAUAAAAACAUGAUUUCCUUUUUGCUUGAUAAAUAGUUCUGAAAAUACUUCUAGUUGCCUUUAAAAAAAUAAAGAUUGGUUUUGAAGAAA